AUGUCUGAUGAUAAAGAAAACACAUAUUUUGACUCUCUAUGUGAGGUAGACCAGGUCCUACAAUCCAGUCAUGAAAUAUUACAAGACACGAUGACGAUACUGAGGAAAUUGACUGAUGAUAGCGCAAGUGAUGCUGCAUUAUUAAAGUCUCUAGAAGAACUUCACGGUACUUACUAUAAAUUAGUAGAUACUACAGCAGACUUGAGGUAUAGUAAAUUGCAGGCAAGAGAACAUCAAAUUUCAAAUGAAAAUAAAUUGGAUAUAGAGAAUAGAGAAUAUAUUAUAGGUGCCAAAUCAUGGCCAGAUCUAAAGCAAUAUGUAACAUAUUUGGAAAACAUUAAUCAAGAUUCUUUAGAAUAUAUUAAUCUACUCAAUAGACUUUCAGUAGAACUAGUGAAGCAAGUAGAUAUUUCAGAUCCAGAUAUUUCAGAGUUUGUAUUUGAUAAUUGGAAACCUCCGGCAGAAUUACAGAAGAUUAUUGAUAAUUAUUAUGGGGAUGAAAAUAAAAAUUUUACUUCAUUGAAUGGAGAUUUACAAGAUUAUUUUAAUAGUAUAAAAUUAUCUCGUGCAAAAUAUACCCUUGAAAAUAGAUAUGUGUUGCAAAGACAUUUAACAGAAUUGAACAAAGAAGCUAAUUAUUGGAGGGGUGAAUUAGACAAUAUUGAAUUACUAUUGUUCGGUGAAGGUCCACAUUCUAUAAGGAAGGUGUUACAAAAUGUGGAAGUAUUGAAAAAUAAGCUAAAAUCAGAGAACUCAGCAUAA